AUGGCCAGCUUAUGGACUAUACGGGACGAUAUAGCACCAUUAUGGAGUCCUGUCUCCGUCAAGGACGUGAUUUGCGACGGGGGUGGGGGCGAGAAUGUUCGUGACGAGGGUGCAGCCAUGAACCUUCAAAAGGCGCCUCAACAGGACUGUUCACGUUCACCACCUUUCACCCACAAACCAGAUAGAUGGAACGACCCAGACGAGAGAAGAACGCAGAGCGUCGAUCCUCCGAUAUCCCCUCAACUGACGCCGGCGUUGUUCAAGUCAUCUAUGCGAGCUGUAAUCUUUCAACUAUCCACGACACACCAAUAUGAGAUGGACAAGUUCCGAUUCUUCAAUUCGUUUCAGCUCAAUCUAUGGGAUUUCGCUGGUCAAUGGGCGUUUGUUGAUACAUUUCUGUCGGACGAUGGCCAGAGCACCAUGUUCGCGCACGCGUCCGCCAUGAUAUAUGUCUUCGAAGUCACCAAAUUAGAACCUUCUGGUCGACCUCCAGAAAUUAGUAUGCAGUACUUCUCGCGUUGCCUUGAUGCACUGCGACGCCACUCUCCAAACACACCUGUAUUCGUGCUUGUGCAGAAGAUGGACCUCAUCAACGACCCCACAAAGCGUGUCAAUGAUUUCAAUGCUUGGGUAACUGGUAUCAAGACCGCUGCUCGGGACACGCCACUCACGAUUUUCGGGACUAGCAUCUAUGAGGACUCUUUAUACCGAGCGUGGUCCGCUGUAGUGCGCAUUCUCGUUCCAAAUGUGGAUGAUCUCACCAAAAGUUUAAACACUCUUGCCAAAAGCUGUGGUGCGGUAGAAACCGUCAUCUUUGAAAAGAACACUUUCCUCCUGGUGGCACGUUCUAGUAUAGAAGAGGAUUUAGAAAACACUCUUACGGAAACCCACAACAUGCCCGAGGCAGAGGCCGCAAAAGCAGAGACGGAGGCAGCAAACCCAGAAGCACACCUAGGUCAAGCAAACCGCUUUGAGAUGAUCUCCGGAUUAAUCAAAGGGUUUAGGAACGGUACAAAUCGGUUCUCUAACGAGCCUUUUGAGGCUCUCAGGAUGGAGUGGUCCGAUUUCACCCUUGUUCUAGAUAUACUGACGUCUACCUCAUAUGUACUUGUUAUCGGUUCAAAUAAGGAGCCUCGCAUCAUGGCAUUUGUAGAGAUGCCCACACCCUUAGAAGUAAACAGUCCCGCCUACAAGAAAGCACUUAGGCUACACAAAAAAUCCAAGAAAACCCCAGCUGCUGAGGAUAUACCUGCCCUACGUGAACAAGAAAAGGAGUACAAGGCAAAGUUCCCACCUCCCUCUUUAGAAGGUGCACUUGAUCUAUCUUGGAACUCGGAAUUGCAUGGAGAUGCCUGGAAAGGGUCCGCCACAAUUGAUGGACUAAGAGCCGUGUCAUGCAAACAGUCGGCAUUGAAAGCAUUUACCAUCGAGUCUAUACCUGGAUUUCUCUCGAUUGAAGAGCAGCGGCAUUUGAUCAAAGAAACUCUGGAAAGUCAUUCUCGAUACCCAAAUGAGAACAAUUUGGAUACACAUUAUAUUCUUCCCAGAGAGGGACUAUGGAACGCCUGGAAGACUUAUUCUAUAAGAGGACGAGACACAGGCUCCCCACCUAUCAUAGCUACCAAGAGUCCUAACGAUGAGAACAGCGUCACAGAAUCGAGGAGAACUCUAAUCGACAACACACCGGCGAGUAUCGACAAUUUCGAAGAAAUGCGCUCACUGCCAAAAGCACCACCGCCCCCUUCUGCGACAUUGUCCCCUCUUCCGUUAAACUCUAUUUUACAGAAACUAAGGUGGUCUAGCAUUGGACAUUUCUAUCACUGGGGCACCAAAAGCUAUGAGUUUGAUCGGCCAUACAUUCCCGUCCCGACAGAUAUCAAACAAGUAUGCACUAAUGCUGUCCAGGCUAUCGACUGGAGCGAUGUAUGGAAAGAGGAUGGGGAUAUACCUGCCGAAGAGUGGGAGAAUUCAAGACCUGACUGGGAUACUUGGCCGGACACCUUUGGUGUUCCACGUAUCUUGGAAGGAUCUCUUCCAGCUUAUCUAAAAAGAGACAGUGGCGAUAACGAAGAUUGGGGUUUGAUUGCAGACUAUCUGGAAACCACAAGGAUCAAUAUCAACGUAAGACAGGUGUUUCCACCCGACUUUCCGUAUGAGAAACACGGAUUAGAAUUUCUUAGACUAAAUAAAAGCGUUUAA